AUGGCAUCCGGUCCGCAGAGCUUCUACGAGCUGUAUCGCCGUAGCAGCGUAGGCACCGCCUUGACGGACACCCUCGAUGACCUCAUCCAGGACCACCGCAUCGACCCCCAGCUUGCGAUGAAGAUUCUUGCCAAUUUUGACCGGGCCAUCACGGAAGUCUUGCAGGACAAGGUCCGCUCGCGGCUGACGUUCAAGGGAAGCUUGGACACGUACCGAUUCUGCGAUGAGGUCUGGACCUUCCAGCUGAAGAAUGUGGCGUUCAAGAUGGACAACGGCCAGCACACGGUACAAGCCGACAAGGUCAAGAUCGUGUCUUGCACUGCCAAGCCUCAGGGAACGACUUAA